ACGUAACCUAAAUACAAAUAUCUCCUAUCAACGAAUAGGUUUAGAUCAGAACAUCGCUUUGUUAGAAAAACGAUAAAAACAAAAUACGUACACACUUUUGCUUUUUUCCUCUUUCUCUUCGUUUCAUUCUUAUAUUUCUAUGUUUUAAUUCGACUUGCGAAGAGAUAGCUACUGAGGUAUCGUGUUAACAUCUCAUAAACGAAGUCAAGUAUUGUGCUCUUUGUGCUGACAGAAGUGUGCGCCGUUAAUUUGAAUUUUUCACGAAGACAAAAAAGAAUGGCGGAAGAUUGUCCUGAUGGUGAUUAUCUUGGGGCGUAUAGCCGUUUUUUCUCUGAAUUUGUUUCUAGAGUAAAUCCAUACGAUCAACUGCCUGUUUCGGUGAGCUCAUAUAAUGUGACCGAAGCUGAGAUCGUCGGUGAAAUCAUCAAUGUGACUCUACAAUAUCUCAACCAGACGCAAUGUCCAGCAAGUUUACAAGCAUAUUUAGUUCAUCAAGUAAUACAAGAAAUUAAAUCUAUGUGCAAAAAACAACCAGAAGAUUGUGGAUUUAAAUCCCAAGAAAAAACAUAUACUUCAUUAAAAUUAAUGCAAGCUAUUAUUAAUAAAGUUAAUGAAAUUUGUACCCGUUAUCUGGACAAUAGUAGAUUGGCAUUAUUGCCACCUCCUCCUUCAACUCCAUUACCACAAAUAACAGCAGGUGGAAGUAAAAAUUGUAGAAGAAAAAUGGAAGACCGUUAUGUGAUUUUACACGAUUUACAUACUACAUUUGGUAUUGAGGAUGAUUCUAUAGCAAAUUAUUAUGCAGUAUUUGAUGGACAUGCAGGACAAGAUGCAGCUGUAUAUUGUGCUGCUCAUCUACAUCAAUAUUUAACAGAAAGCAUAUAUUAUCCUACAGAUCCAGAGCGUGCCUUACGCGAUGCUUUUCUUACUACAGACAGACAAUUUAUAGAAAAAUCAAAGACACAAAAACUAUGUGGUGGGACUACUGCAGUUUGCACUUUAAUAUUAAAUAAAAGAUUAUAUGUUGCUUGGGUAGGAGAUUCAACAGCCAUGCUAAUAAAACGUGAUAGUGUUGUUCAGCUAGUGAAUCCUCAUCGACUUCAUCGCGAAGAUGAAGUACAAAGGAUACGAAAAGCAGGAGGAGUAGUGAUGCCAAGUAUGGGAACUAUGCGUGUGAAUGGAGUAUUAGGUGUUUCAAGGGCAAUAGGUGAUGUUCGAUAUAAGCCAUUCGUAACAGGUGAACCAGAAGUUAAAUCUGUUCCUUUAGACGGAACAGAGGAUUUUUUAGUUCUUGCCACCGAUGGAUUAACAGAUUACUUGAAUCCUAAGGAAAUAUUAACUAUUCUCUAUCAUGAAAUACAACGAAAUCCAAACGGUUUUAAACGCGCGUACCAAAUCCUGCUGCACUGGGCGAAGCAGGGAGGUUCGGAAGACAACAUCACCGUGGUUGUGGUCCUGUUAACUCCAGCCAACGCGAUCGCAGCCAGACCUCUAAACGCCCAUCCGUACUUUCGUUUACAAGUGAAUGAAAAUAUACUCGAAAAAAUGAAUUCAAAGGACAAACCGCUCUUUAUGGAUAUCGAUGAUGCCCAUAAUGCGAUCAAUUCGAACAUCCUCAAACAAUCUAUGAUUUCUCAAGAGCCACGUGACGACGACGACGGUAUACUAGCGGCUAGUAAUGGAAAACACGAAAAUGGCGACGCUGAUUAUGAUUAUUCCGAUUUGGGGCCCGAGACCAAUGUAGACGCGAUCGAUGAUGUGACCAUGCCCGUGAAAAAUCUUUCAUACGAAUUUUACAAAGAUGACGAUAUUUGCCAUGAAGAUGGCCAAACCGAUAAUGACUCGAAUAUUCUCGACAAUAGGGACAUCGACGAAUCUAUCAAUGCUAACCUAAAUGCCAAUACCAAUAUAAUAACGCAUGAACAAAUCACUGAUAAUAAUUUACACGAAGACAAUGAUGACGAUGACGAUGACGAUGAUGACGAAGUGGACGAAAACGAUGACGAUGAUAAUGAUAAUGAUGAUGAAUUGCAUCAAGAUAACGAUGAUGUUCCUGAUGACGAGGUUAUGGUAUCUAAAACAAUUGAAGACGAUAUUCCUGAAAACGAGAUAAUCUGUGAAAAAAUAAAUAACGAGAUUUGCGAACAGCUUAUGGAAAAUAUAGUGGACGAAAAGAAAACGUAUGUGGAGGAUCAAGCAGAUAUGCCACAAGAUGUCGUUGAUGAAGCCGGUCCUGUGGACUAUGACGAAUCACCGCCAUCACCGCAAGCUAACAAACCUCUUCAGCAUGCGCUGAUUCACGAACCAGAUAAUGUAGCGGAGAGCGAGGAUUCCGAAGACGAGUGGAACUAUUAUCGAGUUGAUCCAAACAAAGAAAAGAAUUCCGAAACGCCUGUUGACGAAUCCGAAAAAACGAGAAACGUAGAAGAAGAAAGUGAAAUAUCAGAGUUACCUGUCGAAGAUACCGAAUCGAAAAUCCAAUCCGAAAACGUAGAACAGAAUAUUAAAUGCGAAAAUCUGAAAGAGGAAUCGCCUGAGCUUAUUAACAUAGAGAUUAGCGCUGAGGAUAAAGAAGAAAAAGUAGAGAAGAUCAAGGAACCCUGUAUCGAGGAAGAAAAUAAGUUGAAGGAUAUGGAUUUUCAAUUGAACCCUAACGCAGCCGAAUUCAUUCCUGUUUCACCGCAAUUUAUGGGAACGAGAAUGGAUCUGGUUGAGGAUUUCCCUGUCUCUGGAUCACCUUUCAAACAAGUCCCACAGAUGGACGACAUUCAAGUGCCCAGUCAGAGCGAAUUCGAGAAAGAAGUAUGCCAACGGCCAAGAGAGGUCGACAGUGAGGAGAAAGAAUACCAAAAUGGUGAUAAUUUACAGCAUACCGAUUAUACAGAUUUUCUGGCUGACAAGCAAAAAGUAGCCCCUGUUUCUGGAAAUAUGGAUGAUUCUGAAAUAUCAUCAACGAAAGCUGAAUUCGGAGACGAGUCUUCGGUCAGUUUCUUAACAGCUAGUGAAUUCCAUAGAACAGGUAUCUCCGCGAUAGAUGAAUCGUUCUCAAGCUGCGAGCGUGAAUACGAUAUCGCUAAAGAUCCAAUGGCCAUGUCUUUCACACCGAGCGACUUCGAAGCGGCGUUCGACAAAGGUGUCGAUUUGAAUGCCGUUCACGAUUUGAGCAAUACUGAUUUAGAAGAAACGAAUGGCAUUUUGGACAAGGAGGAGGAGGAGGAGGAAGAGGAGGAGGAAGUUAUGGCGAAAUCUCUAAACUUGGAAAAUGAUAUUGUCAAUGAUAAAGUGUCAAUUAUGUCUAAUACCGAAAAGCCAAUAGAUAAAACAGAAAAAUCUGAAAUUCGCGCAGAAUUCGUGAACCUGUCUUCGCAACAAGAUUACAGCGAAGAUACUUUCAUCGAGCACGCGGAAUUGAAAGCUAACACUGUCGACUUCCUAAACUUGCAACCAGAGUCUUCCAAUCAACAAGAAUCGCAAGAAACUGCGAGAUAUGAUCAUUCUCCUUUAACUGAAAAUUAUUCAGGAGAAUUUGAGUCGGAAAAAGAACCUGUUUCCGUUGAUAAUGAACAACCAUUAUCGCCUUCCAGCGCCGACAUAGAUGAAACAAAACCCAUAGACGAAACCAGCGAGGAUGCUGCCCUUCUUGGAAAUGAAUUACAAAAAGAAAUUUGCUCGAAUGAUGCUAAUACACCUUCUUCGUUAUCUCCAAUUCCAGAUGCAAUGGAAAGUGAUUUGGCAACUGAGAAUGCAGAAAUUGAGUCUUCCAAACCGGUUCAAUCCUCGUUGCAUCCGGACGCUCCAGAGUUUACACCUGAAAAUUAUAAUUUCCAAUCGUUUGGAAUGGACAAUAACGAUGUUUGUCAAGUAUCGCACAUAAAAGCAACUGAUUCGUAUCAAGCAUAUUCCACGGAAGCUGGAAGCGCGUUCGAAAUAGUUAAGCAAGAUUUGGUUGCAAAUAUACAAUUUGACGAAAAGGAAGAUGAACCAGUGUAUACGAAGCCACUAGUAGAGAUAAAGCCGGAAGAUUUUAAUGAAGAACAAGAUGUUUGCGUAAGACCGCUUCAAAUUCACUCUGAAUUGACUCCACCUCUUUCUCCUCAAGAAGAAAAACACAUUCACGAUAUUAUUUAUCCUGUCAAAUCUUCUGUUGAUACCGAAGAAGUGAUCGAAUCAAAGGAAAUUCUAGAAGAAGCAAAUAUUGAAGAUAAAGAAAUGAUGGAAUCAAUGAAAGAAUCGAUGGAAACAAAUAUAUCAGCAGAGGAAAUAAAAUCGAUAGAAUCAGAAGAGCCAAUAAAAGAGUCCAUUUUGAAUUUAUCUGAUUCUAUGCAAGAAUUUACAGGUUUGGAGAGUCAGUUACAACCUACAGAAGAAGAGGUUUUUAAAGACAAGGUUGUCGAAGAUCUUCAGGAAGAAAUUGUAAAGAAAGAAUUGAUAGACAUUACAGAACCAGAAAAAUCUUCAGAACUUGCAGUCGAAACUGAAUAUAUGAUACAAGAACAGAAAGAAAUGCAAGAAUUUUCAGAAAUUAAGGAACCUGAAAUUAAAGAACUGGAAAUUGAACAAUUAAAGUUAAAAGAAUCAAAAGUUGAACUUGAAUUUCCAGAAAUGGAAAUCCAAGAACCAGAAUUUAAAGAACCAGAAUUUAAAGAACCAGAAUUUAAAGAAUUAGAAUUUAAAGAACCAGAGUUUAAAGAACCAGAAUUUAAAGAACCAGAAUUUAAAGAAUCUGAAUUUAAAGAAUCUGAAAUUAAAGAAUUUGAAGUUAAAGAAUUUGAAGUUAAAGAAUUUGAAGUUAAAGAAUUUGAAGUUAAAGAAUCCGAAAUUAAAGAAUCUGAAAUUAAAGAAUCCGAAAUUCAAGAAUCCGAAGUUAAAGAAUCAGAAAUUAAAGAAUUAGAAAUGAAAGAGCCAGAAAUUCAAGAACAUAAAAUCAAAGAAUUAGAGUUAGAAAUUAAAGAAUCUGAAAUUAAAGAAUCUGAAAUCAAAGAAUCUGAAAUCAAAAAAUCGGAAAUUAAAGAACCUGAAAUCAAAGAGCCAGAAAUUAAAGAACCUGAAAUUAAAGAACCUGAAAUUAAAGAACCUGAAAUCAAAGAACUUGAAAUUAAAGAACCUGAAAUUAAAGAACCUGAAAUCAAAGAAUCAGAAAUUAAAGAACCUGAAAUCAAAGAAUCAGAAAUUAAAGAAUCUGAAAUCAAAGAACCAGAAAUUGAAGUUUCAAGUCAAAAGCCAGAAAUCAAGGAAUUACUCAAAGAACCAGAAAUAAAAGAAACAGAAGUCAAAGAACCAGAAAUAAAAGAAACAGAAGUCAAAGAACCAGAAAUAGAAAAAGUAACUGAAGUUCCAGAAAAUAAAGUCAUCGAAACAGCUGCAAUAGCAACCGCAACUGCAGCAGUUGCAGCGGGUACAGUUACAGCGGGUGCAGUUGCAGCACAAAGCAAAACGAAAGCGAAAACACUCGCUACAAAACCGACGAAAACUACAACUUCAAAGGCAACUCCAACAAGAUCAACUCCAACAUCCCCCUCAAAAACUGUAUCUUCCACAACACGAACAUCAACUGCAGCAAUGAAAAAACCGUCGACAACGACACCUUCUCGUCCAAAAGAUCUCGACGCUCCGAAGAAAUCUACAAUUUCCUCUACAACAACCAGUAAACCGUCGGUUGCAAAAUCCGCUUCAAAAACAACGACAUCAACUACUGCAACGAAAUCAACUAAUAAAACCAGUGUAAGCACAACUUCUAAACCAAAACCUAUCGCGACAACCGCUUCAAAAUCGGUUACUGUUACUGAUAAAAAACCUACCGCGAAUGGUGACGUUAAAUCUUUAAGUAAACCAGCAACUGCAACCAAAUCCUCCAGCAAACCAUCAGCAUCACCUUUAGCGACUAAAACUACGCUAGUCAAAACAUCUUCCACACGAGCAUCAACUGGAACGACGACAGUUCCAAAAGUAAGAUCUUCUUCUGCCAACAAAUUAAGCACGACUGUAAAAGCUAGCAGUACUACGACUACCAUCAGUGCAACAGCUAGCAACAGACCGAAAACAGCUCCAUCUAGUGGAACUGCAUCGAAACCUCGCAUGUCACUCAAUAAGUUACCAGCGAUCGAUAAACAAGUGAAGGAAACAGCCAAUAAACAAAUUUCCAUGGGGCGGACAAGUACACCUGCUUCUAAGACGACUUCUCGUUUGUCUACUACUAGUUCUAGCACGACUACGAUAAAACGCGCAUCCUUAACAGCAAAACCUACUACAGUUGCAUCCCCAACGAAAAAAUCUACGCCUGUAUCGAAAACUUCGAAGACCUCGUUGAGCGGAAAAACAGCUGGUGAAAAAGGAAAAAUUUUGCAAAAUGGCGUAUCCGAGAAUGUUGAAAUAAAUACGAUAAUCGAUGACAUGCCGAAAAAAGAUCUGUCGCCCGUGGUCACCCCAAAUGAUAAUCAAUUAAUCAUGAGCUCUGAUUGAAUUGGCGGGAAACGAGAUCGGUUUCAAUCUUAGCUUUAUAUCGAUCGUAUGUCAUGCACCGAUAAACAUUGUUCUUUCUUUACCAAAAAAAAAAAAAAAAAAAAAAGAUACAGAACAUCCGCUAAAAAGUAGUUUCUUAGGAAAUAUAUAACGAAUCGGAAGGAGUUUUUACUAUAAUUAGCGUAAAGUAUAAAAUAUAAUAUAUUAAUGUGUAUAUGUAUACCGAAGUAAUGAGUCUGUUUAUCUAUAUUGGCGAAAAGAGUGAAUGUAAAAUGAAUGAAAGAGAGUGAAUGAUAAGAAAGAAAAAAAAAGAGAGCAAGAUGUGUGUAAGAAAGAAUAUGCACUAAAAAAAAAAAAAAGAAAAAGAAAAAACAAAAUAUAUGUUAUUUCGCUUUUGACUGCUUCGAUCGUGCUGGAAGUAAAGAAUAAUGUAAUAAAGCAGAAUAGAAAAGAGAUGAAAAAGAAAAGGGAAGUGGAAGAAGAAACAUGAACUAAAUGCAAGAAGAAAGAUAUCAAUUGUUUUUGUAAAUAAAUGGGUAAACGUUUCCAAGCGGUCUCCGAGAUACUUAGCCGAAAAAGAAAUAUUCACGUGGUGCUGUAACUGGCCUGUAAACAUGACAAGUAUACACGCAGCGCAGGUUCAUCAAGUCGCCAACAGUUUAAACUCGGGAUCCAGAAAAUGUUGUCACCGCUUAACCGUACGAGUCGGUUUCUUAACAUAUUCUUAAUGUAAAACACGAAGCUGGACGGUUUUUUAUACUUUUUAAUUUUAUAUGUGCAUUAUAUUUGAUAAUAAUUAAUCGUCGUACUUUUUAUGAAGAAGACCUUACACACGUAUGUACAAAUACGUACUGGAAAAAAACAUAUAUACACAACAUAUAGACACGUACACAUACGCGCAUAUACCACAAACACCACAUACAAGAAACGCGAACGACAGGUACCAUAUAUAUUUAUUUUUUUUUGUUUGUUCCUAUUCCGAAGUUGAGUAUACUGCGAGAGAAUAUUAUAAACUCGUCAUUCAUUAAUACUGUUCUUAUGUAUUCUCUAUCCAUCUAUGUAUAGCACUUCUAUGAGUUAAUGUGAUACCUAUUAUAUUAAAUAAAUUCGAACAAAUAUCGAAACGAAA